UGUGUGUGAUCGAAGAACUUAAUCAUCACUGCAGAGAAGAAGAUGAUGAUGAUGAUGAUGAUGAUGCGUGCUUUUUAUUUGCGGGUGAAAUCUAAGAGUGGAAAGGCGGUGGGGAGCAGCGGCACAACACGGACUGGUCGUGGGCUUGCGUUCAGGUAGGAGAAGCUCGAAGCUUGUGUCUGAGUGAGGCGGAACACUGGGGCUUCGAGAGAGAGGGAGAGGGCGACACGAGCGCGCGCGCGUGCACACGCACAUUGCUGCACAUCUGGAGUCUUUGACAGCCACGACAGCGGGCUGACGAUGGAAAACAAAUGCAGGCUGCACCACCGCACCUAAACUGAACACCAUCGCGGAGAGACCGCGUGGAAGACUGGCUUUAAUCCGCUCUUCGAAUCUUAGCCACCGCAACUCCUAGCUAGCAGCGGAGGACAUAGCAUUGCACCCAGGCACAACGUCGACCUGCACACACACACACACACACACACACACACACAGAAUGUGCAUGGGUUAGCUAGCUGGGGAAUCUGCCAAACAAAUGGCCACGCGUCACCUGUAGCCUGCUAGUGACGCGCUUCAAGCUCGGAAUCCACAGAACAUUACAGGUGUAUGGGAUGAAUUUGGCUCCAGCCCUCUGACGCCCCCGAGAUAGGGCCUGCCUGGUGGAUCACUCAUUCACCCCACUCCACUGCCAACAUGUUGAUUAAAGAGUACCGCAUCCCCAUGCCCAUGAGCGUGGAGGAAUACCGCAUUGCCCAGCUCUACAUGAUCCAGAAAAAGAGCCGAGAGGAGAGCGAGGGCGAGGGCAGUGGUGUGGAGAUCCUGGAGAAUCGACCCUACAUAGAUGGACCCGGUGGCUCGGGACAAUACACUCACAAAGUGUACCACAUUGGUCAGCACAUCCCUAGCUGGUUCCGCUCUAUUCUGCCAAGAGCAGCUCUACGGGUGGAGGAGGAGUCCUGGAACGCCUACCCUUACACACGCACCCGUUAUACAUGUCCUUUUGUGGAGAAGUUCUCGAUCGACAUUGAGACGUAUUAUAAGCCUGAUACGGGGAACCAGAACAAUGUCUUCAAUUUGUCUUCAGCGGAGAAAAGGCAGCGGGAUAUUGACCCCAUAGACAUUGUGAAAGAUUUCAUUGCACCUCAUGAGUACUUGGGUGAGGAGGAUCCAAAGCUGUACAAGUCGGUAAAGACUCAACGAGGCCCUCUGUCAGACAACUGGAUCCAGGAGAUCAGCCAUAACCCAGGCAUGAUGCCCAUCAUGUGCGCCUACAAGCUCUGCAAAGUGGAGUUCCGCUACUGGGGCAUGCAGUCCAAGAUUGAGCGCUUCAUUCACGACGUGGGUCUCAGGAAAGUGAUGGUGCGUGCUCACCGGCAGGCCUGGUGCUGGCAGGAUGAGUGGUAUGGCCUGACCAUGGAAGAUAUUCGGCAGCUGGAGCUGGAGACUCAGCUGGCUUUGGCCAAGAAGAUGGCCCAGUUUAGCUGCAACGAGGAUGGAGGUGAGGGUAACACCAGUCCCGCCAAAGAACAGGACACCAAGGAGGCCAUUAACGCUAUUGAGAACGAAAGCGCAUCGCGGAGUCUCGGGGACACACUACAGGCUCGAGGAGAACUCACCAAGCAGUGGUCCACCUCAUCUAGAUCCUCCCGUUCAUCAAAAAGAGGAGCAGCAAGCCCGUCUCGGCACAGUAUUUCCGAAUGGCGCAUGCAGAGCAUUGCCCGUGACUCUGACGACAGCACAGACGAUGAGUUCUUUGAUGCACACGAGGAUCUCUCGGACAGUGAGGAGAUAUUUGUUAAAGAGAUCACCAAGUGGAACUCCAAUGACCUGAUGGACAAAAUCGAAACGGCGGAGGUGGACGAACCACAAAGUGACUUGUACCAGGACUCUGGGGUUGAGUAUUCGGAAGCUGAGAAUGUCCAAAGACUGAACGAGGACGGCUCGGGUCAGCAGGGCUUGCAGUCAUCCAAGGUGCACGUGUUGCUUUUAGUCCUGCAUGGGGGCAACAUACUGGACACGGGAGGCGGAGAGCAGAGCAGCAAGCAGGCCGACGUCAACACCAUCAGCACAGCUUUCGAGACUGUCAUGCGCGUCCACUACCCGACAGCUCUAGGCCGCAUCGCCAUCCGCCUGGUGCCGUGCCCCGCCGUCUGCGUGGAGGCGUUCUCACUCGUCUCAAAUUUAAGUCCAUACAGCUAUGACGAAGGCUGCCUCUCUAACAGCCAGGACCACAUCCCUCUCGCCGCUCUUCCUCUGUUGGCCACAUCUGCUCCACAGUACCAGGACGCCGUGGCUGCCGUGAUAGUGCGAGCCAAUCAGGUGUACGGAGACUUCCUAAAAUCGCUGGAGGGUACUGCAUUCUCUGGCCAGGUGUGUCUGAUAGGUGACUGUGUCGGUGGGAUCCUGGGCUUUGAUGCCCUCUGCAGCAGCAACAUCACAGUGUCUGAGAGCCAGAACAGCAGCAGGAGAGGGAGCAUAGUCAGCGUGCAGGACAACGAUUUGCUCUCGCCAGGCAUCAUCAUCAACAGUAGCCCUUCAUGCUCCGGCUCAGGUUCUGGGCUGUCCCUGGAAGGCAGCCGCCACUUAAGCCGCAGCAACAUUGACAUCCCACGCUGCAGCGGCGCUGACGACCCGAAGAAGCAGCUUCCCCGCAAGCGUAGCGACUCCUCCACCUACGAACUAGACACCAUCAAGCAGCAUCAGGCCUUUCUGUCUAGUCUGCACUCCAGCGUUUUGAGGAAUGAUCCAGGCUCUCGGCGGUCCAGUAACAGCACUAUGCUGGAAGGAGGUGGUGUUUUGGGCAAGUUUGAUUUCGAGGUGUCUGAUUUCUUCCUGUUUGGCUCUCCUCUGGGUUUGGUUCUGGCUUUGAGGAAAACCGUGGUUCCUUCUCUAGAUGUGGCUCACCUCCGUCCUGCCUGCCAGCAGGUGUAUAACCUGUUCCACCCUGCAGACCCUUCAGCUUCACGCCUGGAACCACUGCUGGAGAAGAAGUUCCAUCUGUUGGCCCCGUUCAAUGUGCCACGUUACCAGCGUUUCCCUCUAGGCGAUGGCCACUCAGCCCUGUUGGUGGAGACCCUCCAGAGCAACCCUCACCUCUUGCUGGAGAGUGGAGGCCGCUGCCAUGAUGGCUUAGGCGAGACCUCCAUCCCCGUCCCCGUGCUCAACUGGCAGGCUGUGCCAGCCACGCCUGAGUCGGAUGUAAUGCAUUCUCACGGGGGAAUGUUCCUGGAGAACUCUUACCCCUCGUCUCCUAUCUCAGCCCCAGCGUCCCGCAUCAUCCGAAGACCCAGUGAGGUCAGCAUCGCCAGCCAAGUGUCUGGACUGGCGGAUAGUUACAAUGCCUCCAAUAUUGCCAACACACAAGCAUGCCAUCACAAUCAGUCCAAAAAACUUAGCCUUUUGUCCCAGCUGGCCCUCCCUUAUAACAAAAUAUCCUCAAGAAGCCCGUCCCCGAAAGCCCGCUACCAGUUGCUCAGUAGCAAAGCGGCAGGCUCAGAUGAGGUGAGCUGCUUCGAGCCCUCCCCUCUUCCCGAUUCCAGCCCUCCGUCGCCGAACAUGCAGCUGGAUAUAGAGCAAGUCGCUGCUCGUUGGUGGGGGACAAAGCGCAUCGACUUUGCCCUGUACUGCCCUGAUGCCCUGACUGCCUUUCCCACCGUGGCUCUACCUCACCUGUUCCAUGCUUCCUACUGGGAGUCUACAGACGUUGUGUCCUUUCUGCUCAGACAGGUAAUGAGGCAUGAGAACUCUAGUAUUCUAGAGUUGGAUGGGAAGGAGGUUUCCGAAUUCACACCCUCCAAACCACGGGAGAAGUGGCAGAGGAAGAGAACACAUGUUAAAAUCAGGAAUGUAACAGCAAACCAUCGUGUGAAUGAUGCUGUGUUUACGGAGGAUGGCAUGCAGGUGGUCACUGGCCGUUUCAUGUAUGGCCCUUUGGAUAUGGUCACUUUAACUGGGGAGAAGGUCGAUAUCCACAUAAUGACACAGCCUCCAUCAGGAGAGUGGGUGUACUUCGAGACAGAGCUGACCAACAGCAGUGGCCGAGUUUUUUACACAAUCCCAGAGAGCAAGCGGCUAGGGAUCGGCGUGUACCCGGUCAAAAUGGUGGUCAGAGGUGACCACACAUCUGCAGACAGCUACCUGACUGUGCUGCCACGCGCCACAGAGUUUGUAGUGUUCAGCAUCGAUGGAUCGUUUGCUGCCAGUGUGUCCAUUAUGGGCAGUGACCCAAAAGUGAGAGCAGGGGCAGUGGACGUUGUCAGGCACUGGCAGGAUUUAGGAUACUUGAUUGUGUAUGUGACUGGUCGUCCAGACAUGCAGAAGCAACGGGUGGUGGCCUGGCUCUCGCAGCACAAUUUCCCUCAUGGCAUUGUGUCCUUUUGUGACGGUCUGGUGCAUGACCCCCUUCGUCACAAAGCAAACUUCCUCAAGUCCCUUAUCACUGAGGCACAUAUGAAGAUCUUUGCUGCAUACGGCUCCACAAAGGACAUCUCGGUGUACACUUCACUCGGCCUGCCGCCAUCUAAUAUCUACAUUGUUGGUAGACCAACGAAAAAGAUGCAACACCAGUGUCAGUUUAUCUCGGAUGGCUACGCUUCUCAUUUGUCACAUUUGGAGUACAGUCAGCGCUCUCGACCAGCCAAGACGGGCAGCACACGUGUGGCUCUGCGUAAGGGAAGCUUCGGUUUGGGUGCCAGUGGCGACUUUCUGCGCAAACGCAACCACCUAUUGCGCACCAUCUCCUCCCAGCCAGCGCCCUCUUCCUCUGCGAUGUCCUCUGGACACGGGGGCCGUCCUGAGCGUGCGCAGAGCCAGUCGGAGUUUGAUCGUGAACGGUCUGACCGUGCACAGAGGAGCAUGAGCAUUGCAGCGGGCUGCUUUGGGCGUGCAGGGAAGAUCGAGGGAAGCACCCUGAGCCCCAAGUAACUCUCCAUCAGCUUGCUGUUAACUGGGAGUCUGCUGGUCCACUGGAUUUUAAAGGGAGGGUGGAUUGGAUACAAAACGGGAUAAAACGAUACAGACUUUGUUAAAGACUGACACAGCUUUUCUAAUGUAGCAAGAGUGACGAUGGGGAGAAAGAUCUUGUUCCACACUCGACCCCUUUUGCCAACUGCUAUCCCCCAGUUUCUUCCUCUUUUCCCCCUAAGCUGUUCUUGUGAAGGGGUUUGAAAACCCUGCAGCAUUUGCAAUAAGGACCCAUCGUGUUGUAUCUUGCUUUUGGCUCACAGGUCAUCAGAGGCCUUUCUUCUUAGAAGUGUGUUAUCACACUUGCAUCAAACACACACGGGGCGAGUGCUGCUCUAGGGUUGAAAGCAAGGAACGUUGGCCUUUUUUUUUUUGACACUCAACCUGUAAUUUGGCAACAAUCCCUUUAUCUGGCCAUCUGCUUGCAAUACCUCUCAGACAUCACUAGGUCGUCUAGUGCUCCUGAAAACUUUCCUCAUCUCAAUGGUGCAGCAUGCCAUGUAUAGAAAGCCAAGUACAAAUCCUCCUGAGCCUCUGCUCUAUCGUGUUUCCACAACGCUCUUUUCUUCUCCCUGGUUCUGGAGCAAAGCCACUUUGCUGCUCGAUUCCUCAGAACAAGUCAACGAGAGCAGGGAUCUAUCCGUAUUUGUACAUUGGAGAAAUCAGCUUUCUUCAGACAGUUAAAGCAGUAGUUAGUCGUCUCUCGCCCAAAUUUUGUGCACCAUUUAUAGCUUCAAUUUAUUGGAAGAAACAUGAGAGUAUAUGGACAAUUUGUGACACUUAACAUAGCCGACGGCCAAAAACAAUUCUUUUUACCGAAGCUGUAGUUAACGUAAAUGUAUAACCUGAUUGUUCGGUUUUUUUUGCACAAGUUGAUAGUGGAGAUCCCUGUUACCAUCUCAUGUGGCUACAUAUUGUUAUUGUGUAGUGCAUGAUCCUUAUUAAUAUAGAACAGGAUUCGAGUGUGCGUGUGCACGACGGUAGUAUUUCUCUCUAACAUCAGGAUUAAGAAAUGUGCCAAAAUUAGAACGGUCAAAGGAAACUACAAAAACGGAACAGUAGGCUUUAUUUCCGUUGUAACAUACUACUGAGUAUUUUGAGCGUAUAAUAUUCUAGCUGUAAAGAUGUGUUGAGUUCAGCUUCGGCAGGCACAUGUGUAACGUUUGUAAGAUUUAGAUCAUUUCAGGUCAACAUGAAGUCCUUUAAAAGUCAGUGCUCUAGCUUACUGUUCACAUGUAAGUGAGAUGUAUAGAACUCUUUCAGGAUAUUAUUUUAAUUAUAAGCUGUGAUUUUACUUUGGUUUAUUUUUUUUUGUUUAGUCUUUUUUCUUUCUAUUCAGCAGCAUGAUGCAUUGUAGCCAUAUACUGUAUAAAGUUUUUUUAUUAUUAUUCGUUAACAGGAAGACACUGGACAUGUAUUUAAUUAGGAACUCUGUCAGGUUGUAUAUUUGAAUUGUGAGGCAGAUAGGAUGCAGCAGUGGCUUGUUUCUAAUUGUUCAGGGGGUUGUAGAAUGUUUUCCAAUCGUGCAGCAAAUAACGGAUGUGUAGAUAUUGUAAAGAUGUACAUUUGACUUAUAUAGGAAAUGUAUGUUCAGGAAUUAUUUAUGUAGAUUCGCAGUCAUGUCAGAUUUUAGCGUGUUAAUGUUUGCUUUAAAAAAUUUGUUAUAUAAAUUGAUAUAGUUACUUUUAAGGACCAACAACACCAUUAAUUAAUUAAUGCCAUCAGUUCAGUUUGUGUACAAGACUAGAAAAGACACCACUGAACAGACAAUCAGUCUCGGGCACACAAGCAAGACACCUGGAAAACAGUCAUUCAAGGUUUUUCGGAGAAGGUAAAGGGAUUUAUUUUACUAAGCUGUGGAAGGUUUUAUGGGGUUUUUCUUCCCUUUUUAGUUGGUUUGAAAGGUUCACUAAAUUUUAAACAAAUUUUAAAGGAUUUUAUUUAAGGCACGUGAGUAAAAUAGCAACAGCACACAAGCGUACUAUUCUUGAAGAAAAGUGUUUCUGCGUGUAAUCUAAUGCCUUCACGUAGUGUUUUUUAAUCCGUCCACUAGAGGGUGGGAGUGAGCAACUUUCAAGCAAGAAAAUGCAGAGAUUUUAUUUUAAUUUUUUGAAACAAUAAACGUGCAAUAUGUCCUCGUGAUUUGAUUUGUUUCAUACCAAAAUGUCUGGCUUUUCUUUUUCUCCACCGAAUGAUAACAUCUCCUUUGGAAGUACUUUUUGAUUAAGAAGAUUCGCUGUUUGUUACUGCUAUUUAAAAUGUUUUUAAAAUCUUGUCAUGUAUCAAUCAAAGAAAAGUCCUACAAUCUGA